AUGACUACCAUCGUAGAUCACGUCAGCUACAACGAUCUUCCCUCACUUGCGGAGGCGAACAUCUCUCGCCAGGCUCCACACAUCGACGCCAUCAUCAACGGCCCGAUCCGAGAUGUCUUCCUCAGACAUGGGGAUCAUGGGCUCUUCUGUCUCUACCUUCAACACCGCCACCACAGUGUCGGUCAAGACGAAGCUGUCGUCAAAGUGGAAGGCACCGCGCACUUGAUGAGUAAGCAGGCUAUGGAUAGUAUCAUUUCCUUCGGGAACAAGGUAGUUACAACAACGUGGAUGACCUCGGGUGACAGAGUGCUCCCGAUGGAGUAUACCGCCGUCCCUACUGUAACUACUGUGCCAAGUCCUCCCGCCGCCUUCCUGGCAGAGUUCAUCUCUGUCCUUGCCUCGAAUGAGUGUAGCGGUGUGUUCGGCAUCGACACCAUGGCCAAGAAUGCAUGGGCUGAGAUCAAAGUUGGUGAUGCAAGCGUCGUUGUGCCUAGCAACGAAAGCACCAGUUACGACGAGGACAAGUUUAUUCCCGUCGCAUUCGCAUUCGGCGACGAUGACCCCAAAUUCAAGGUGCAUGGCAAGUGCGGGAAGGACCAUAAGCAUACCAGCAAGCCUGCACACUUACCCCACUUGUCUCUGCCCGAACUCAUCAUGUACUAUAAAGAUCCUUGGCCAGUGAUGCCAGACGGCACCAAGUUUGACGGGAAGCAACUGUUAGGCCUGGUCCGCAGUGGCAAGAGCCCCUUCGACGGUGCUUGGGAUGUCAACCUGCUUAUUCAAGAACUUGAAGAGAAUCUCGGUGCCGCGGUGACUGACAUCCCGUUCGUCUACAGCGGCUCCAACAACUACGGUUUCCACGUCAGGCUGUCGAACCAUCUGGACGUCGUGGCGCGAUUGGCACGUGGCGACGUCAACAUGCCCGACUAUGACGGCUUUCCAAUUCAGGUGCAAAUUCCGGAGGUCAAGUUCGAGGCGGCGGUGUACAAACUCCUAGACUCGGAGCCCAGCAUCUCAUGCUCUCGCCUGCUCUACUACCGUGCGCCACGGCAGCACGCUGGACUUAGACAUGAUCGUCCGGGGGAUAUCCUAGGCCGUCGGCUGAUGGUGUUUGGAAGAGCAGAAGGAGAAAACAACGUAUGGUACGAUCUCACCGCAGAACAAAAGGCCGGCCUUCUUACGCAAUCUGCUCGUAUUCGUGCGUCGCUGUUUAACUUCCAACUGCCGCUUGACUUCGCCGCUGCUUGGCUCCGCGACCGCCUUUUCGAGCAGAAGCCCGAGUCACUCCCUAUUCCUGUUGCGCCAACACGCGAGUUCUGUGUUGCCCUCUUCACAGCCAAGAUCGAGGCGACAAUCCGGAACGAAGGUGACAUGAUCGGCUGGGAAGACGACGACAAUACUGUUGGCCCCGUUGCCGCAGCGGCCAAGCAGUCACUCUUGCGCCUGAUCCCACACAUGAUGCCUGCGGACAGUGCCUCUCUGUAUCGCCUCGUUCUCGACCAUGGCGACUUUGGCAUUCACAACAUGUCCAUCACAAUCGAUGCGGGUGGCAAACCCCUUGUGACGUCCCUGUACGACUGGGAGACUGGGUGCAUCAUGCCGGCCAUCUUAUCCGAUCCGCUGAUGGCAGUGUCCGUUGACCUUGUGGCUGAUGAGAACGGCAGGCCGUCAAUAACGCGAGUGCCCAGCGACGGAAAUGCAGGUGAACGCGUGGAAUAUAUGGAAUGCGCAACACAUUACUUCGAGGUUCUCUUCAAACAAGCGCCCGACUACAAAAGUGCGAUCCGGGCCGGAAAAGACGCACGUCACCUCUGGUUCGCGUUGCGAGAUUGGCGAGGUGCAGAUCCGGAGAGCUACUUCGGUGAACUGGGAAGCUGGGCUGAGAGGAGGAUGAGGGAACUCGGCGUAUGA